AAAAGAAACAAAGUGAUAUUAAGAAAAAUGGGUUUUGGUCAGUCAAUAAAUAGUCUUUGAUCUUAUCUACUAGUAAUAAAAAGCUGGGAGGAUUAUGACGUCAUUAACAGGCCACAGAUAAAUAACCAAAAAACUAAAAAUAAUAAAAUAAAAUAAAAUUCCACGAAUAUUCAAACCUUUCUCUCUACAAAACCUCCAAUAAAAAAGAUUCGAUGUUAUAUGCGACGCCACGACUUCGACCAAUCCCUUCUCUCUCUCUAGAAUCCUCCAUUGAUUUUCUCUCUCUACACCUCCAUUUUUCUAUUAUUCAUUCUCUUCCUCAUCCCACCUUCCCUUAUUUAUAUCUCUAUUGUUCUUCGGAGGUUUAUUCCUUUUCUUGAUUCUACAGAUUCCAUUAUUCGCCUUUCCAGUUCUUUCUCAUUGGCUUGCUUCGGAUUUUUCUAUGUCCCAUUUUCAUCCAACCCACCGACUUCUUCCUUAAAUAUACCCCUUUUCUCUGUUUCAAUUUUACAAAAUUAAUCUGGGUUUCUUCUGUUAUUUGCGAUGGAUUUCAUUGAUAAUUUUCUGGAUAUUCGAGUGGGAAUGGAUUUGAGGCACUAUGCUGAUGCUUUGGAUCAAGAACGCCGAAAAAUUCAGGUCUUCCAGCGAGAACUUCCCCUCUGUUUGGAGCUUGUCACCAGAGCAAUUGAUUCUUGCCGACAGCAGUUAUCUGGGGUGUCGACAGAGAGCUCUGAGCAUACCUCAAGCGAUGGCCCUGUUUUGGAGGAGUUUAUUCCGAUUAACAAAACUUCUGUGAAUUCCCAUUUUGAAAUUGAAGAUGAAGAACAAUCAAAACCAGAGAGAAAGGAAUUGGGUCGAUUGGAUUGGCUUAAAUCGGCUCAGCUUUGGAAUCAAUCACCGGAUCCUCCCGUUACAGAGGAUGUUGCUAAGGAAACGACGUCGUCGGUUGUUGAGGUCAAACAGAAUGGCGGUGGUGGUGCUUUUCAACCAUUUCAAAAGGAGAAAACAACUCCAUUGAAAACAGAAUCGGCAGUGGUCGUUGGUAAAACGGCCGGUUCUUCUCCGAUUCCAGAGGCGACGACAAGUUCGACGGCGGAAACCGCCUCCAAAGGUGGCGGCGGAACCAGUAAAAGAGAAGAUAAGGAAUCUCAGACUCAAAGAAAACAGAGGCGGUGCUGGUCGUCGGAGUUACACCGGCGAUUCGUUCACGCCCUUCAACAACUUGGCGGUCCUCAUGUUGCUACACCAAAACAGAUCAGAGAGUUAAUGAAGGUCGAUGGGCUCACUAACGAUGAAGUCAAAAGCCAUUUACAGAAAUACCGAUUGCACGCAAGAAGACCAACAAAUUCUGCAAUGCAAGACAGCGGCAGCUCAUCGGCGCCACAGCAAUUCGUGGUGGUCGGAAGCAUAUGGGUUCCGCCACCACCCCCACCGAAAUACACGGUGGCAACGACAGGGAAAGCUAGAAAUGGGAUUUAUGCUCCGGUGGCGACGGCGGUACGACGGCAAACGACGGCAGAGGAAGGGAAGGCGAGUCAUAGCGGGGGAGUGGUUCAGUCAAAUUCGCCGGCGACGUCGUCCUGCACCCAUCCCACCACAACCUCGCCGUCGGCGGUGUAGUUUUUUUUUUUUUUUUUUUUAAUUUUUGUUAAAUGUUUGAGAAAAAGUUUUGUAACUAAAAAUCAAUAUUCAUAAAGCCAUGUGAUGUACAUAAGAUUUUCACGUGAAGUUCUUACUCAUUUUUUGGAUUUCCGG